CUUCAUCAAAUGGCACCAAUCUCAGCUCCUAAAACACUCACGUUCCCCCGACUCUUUCUCUUAUUCACCAUCUCCAUUCUCAUGCAUUACCAUCCGUCAGAGGCAACCCACCCUCCACAAACGACCGAGAUGGUGCUCUACUUCCAGGACUUCGCCACCGGGCCCAACGCCACUCUCCUCCCAGUCGCGGGCAUCGCCGGGAAGCUCUGGACGUUCAGCCAGUUCGGAACGGUGUUCGUCACCGACGACUUCAUAACCGAGACGCCCGACCCGGACUCACCCUUGGUCGGGCGGGGGCAGGGCGUGUACGUCACCUCGGCGCUGGACGGGUCGAGCACUCACGUCGCGUUCUCCAUCGUGUUCGCCAACCGAGCCUACAACGGGAGCACCCUGCAGAUCCAGGGCACGGGGAAGCAGUUCGAGGCGGUCAGGGAGUACUCGGUGGUGGGGGGGACCAGGAAGUUCCGGUUCGCGCAAGGGUACACCACGUUCGAGACCGUCUCCGCGGACGUGCGGAGGGGUUACUCGGUCAUCCGGUGCAAUGUCACCGUCCGUAGCGGUUAGAAUGUUGGGACCGGA